AUGAAACUUGAACUUAAAAGACGAGUAUCAAAAAAGCAGCAAAGAAAGAGUCAACAGGGUGGUGACGAAUUCGAAUCCAGUUUGCGUGAGGAUAUGGAUGAUUAUGGUGUGCGUGCUGCUUUGAAACCUGAAGACCAACUUCAGUUGUCUGAGCAGGACGGUCAGUACAUACAAGUACCUCAAGUGGAUCAAAUGGCUAUCCACUUUUGGCAUGAAAGUUACAUGCUUCCCCUUGAUUCCGAUGAAGCCAGAAGACAAAUAGCUAGAGAUGGUACUAUGCAGCCUGAAGAGUUACAGGCGGAAGAACAUAACAAGGAGCCUGCAGCUGCUGUGAGAGAGGGUGAUAUUCAAUUACCUCAAAAGAAAGUCACUAACCAGUUCAACUUUUGUGAGAGGUCUACCCAAACAUAUAAUAACCCUCAGCGGGAUAGGGGAAGCGUUACAGAGCCCCCUCCAAGGGCGAACUUUUCAGCUAACGUUACACAGUGGAGCAUUUAUGAUGACUACAUAGAAGAUUUUGAUAGACAACAGGAGAAAAACAAAGAUAAGAAGUUGUUAGGUGUGAGUCACAAGCAGGAAAAUAAAGCGCACAAAAAGGUUAUCUCUGGAGAUACACAGGGAGAUGAAUUAAGUCGGUUUGCACAACCCCUUAAAAUCGUUGAACGCAUGAUCAACCAGAACACACAUGACGAGAUUGCUCAGGAUUUUAAGUACUAUGAAGACCCUUCAGACGAGUUUAGAGACAACCAGGGUACCUUAUUACCUCUGUGGUCAUUUUCUUUUGAAAAAGCAAGAAAACUUGCUGUAACGUCGUUGUGCUGGUCAUCCCAAUACAGUGAUCUUUUUGCAGUUGGUCAUGGGUCAUAUGAUUUUUUGAAACAGUCCAACGGCCUUAUUUGUGCAUAUACACUAAAAAAUCCAAGUUACCCAGAAUAUUACCUUGAGACAGAAUCAGGUGUACUCUCAUUGGACUUACAUCCAUCACUGCCCUAUAUGCUUUGUGUUGGAUUUUAUGAUGGAGCAGUUGGAGUUUAUAGUAUUUUACAACAUAAAAAUGGACCAUUAUAUUUAAGUACAGCAAGAACUGGUAAACAUACAGAUCCUGUAUGGGAAGUUCGCUGGCAACCGAAUGAUUCAGAUGCAAAUUUAAAUUUCUUUUCUGUUAGUGCAGAUGGGCGAGUUACAUCAUGGACACUAAUUAAAAAUGAUAUAGGUAAAUUUGAUGCAGUGAUAUUAAAGAUGAUAGCGAAUUCUAAAGAAAGCAUCGAACAAUCUCGAUUAAUUACUCUAGAUUGUGGUACAGCAUUCGAUUUUCAUCGUACUCAAAAUCAUAUAUUCCUUGUAGCAACAGAAGAGGGAAUGGUGUUUAAAUGUAGCAAAGCAUAUACAUCUCAAUAUCUAGCCACUUAUGAAGCUCAUCAUAUGGCUGUUUAUCGUGUAGCUUGGAAUUUAUUUCAUCCUGAUAUAUUUAUUACAUGUUCAGCCGAUUGGACAGUUAAAAUAUGGGAUCAUACAAAAAGUACUCCAAUGUUUACCUUUGAUUUAGGCUCACCAGUAGGUGAUGUUGCAUGGGCACCUUAUUCAUCUACUGUAUUUGCAGCAGUUACAGCUGAUGGGCGUGUACAUGUUUAUGAUAUUUCAAUUAACAAAUAUGAACCAUUAUGUAAUCAAUUGGUGGUAACAAAAAAGAAUACUAAAUUAACGCAUAUUGCAUUUAAUUCAAAAUAUAAUAUAAUUAUUGUUGGUGAUGAUCAUGGUCAAGUGAAUAGCUUGAAGCUGUCACCAAAUCUACGCAAAUUACCAAAGGAAAAGAAAGGUGCUGAACAAGUUAAAGGACCAGAAGUUGAAAUUAAAAAGUUGGAUAAAAUCUUAUCUUUGGCUGGCUGA